GAAAGACGCCCGUCCAAUAACGUCUCUUUAUCAUCAUCUUUAUCAUCAUCAGAGGCUGUAAGUAAACAAAUGUGCGGAAGAGGGUCCUGGAAAGGGCCGAGGGAAAUGCGGCCGACGCCAAUCCCGACUGGGAUCCUCUGAGGCAGGGCCAUGGAUACCGAGGAAUUACAGAUUAAGUGCCAAGAGCCGCUAUUAUGGAAUGGCCUUGAAACGCAGACCGGUACGAGGGAUGAAGGCAUCCUCCGUCAGGCGCUUCUCUCACCUGAGAAAGAAGGCCAGAAGGACGGCACAGAGGUGAGGGUGCGGAUCGAACAGUUGGACACCAUGAAGAAACGCCUCGAAGAGAGAGCGUUUUUCGACAGCGAAGUCACAAUUGAAGCCAACGGCGGGUUGGUGCCGGAAGGCAGCGAAUACACUGUGCACCUCCUGUCUCAGAUUUCUUCUUCGAUACUGCCGACGAUGAGUUCCAGCCAGGUCUCGUCCGUUUUAUCCGCCCUCGAGCCUCAUGCCAGUUUCGAGCCAAAGAAUAUCAUCCCGAGGGAGAAAUCGCCAGGGCAGGUGCUUUCUGAAUUUUUAAAACUCGACAGGCUUUACGACAAAGAAGAAAAGGACAGGAAAAACAAACCUGUAGAAUGCGUCCAGAUGCAAGUGAACAAGAUUUCUUGGUUUAAAUGUCCAGCCUGUGCAUUCCUGUCUUUGAGGCAGGAAAGCGUCCUGUGCCAUUAUCGCGAGGCUCAUGAUGGGGCGGAUUUUCGUGUAGAGCUGAAGUGCAUCGGCUGCGCUCUUGAGUUCAAAUCGGCCCAGGCGCUCACUUCCCAUUUCAUAUUUGACCACCAUACACCUCCAGGUGAGGCUCACGACCUUUUAAAGAUGACAGUAGAAGUGAAUAAAAUUUGGGAAGAGGAAGAGAAAACUAAAGUUUUAGAUGAAGAGCGUGAGAGAGAAUGUGAUAAAAUACUCAAAGAAAAUGGCGAUGAUAAGUUAGAAGUCGAGUCCAAAUGCGAAAAGUUGCCAAGCUCAAAAGCUGAAAAAACGCUCAAGUGCGGAAUCGACCGGUGCUCGGUGAGAUUUGCGUCCUUUGAGAAUCUCCGUUAUCAUCGUUCAUGCCAUCUCGGCGGUUCGGCUUGGAAGUGUCCGGAAUGCUCGACUGUCUUUCAGAGCUGGUCGAACCUCGCCAACCAUGCCUGGAAGGCACACGCAAUCGACCUCGAGCUUUACGCCUGUGGCGAAUGCUCUUACAAGACGGACAGCAUGUCCAAGCUGUUAAACCUCCACAAGCGGAUCCACGGCGAAGAAAGACCGUUUGGGUGUGAAACAUGUGAUAAACAUUUCAAAACCAAAAAACAACUUCGAAAUCACAAGGUCAUUCACAAAAACAAGACGGUACAGAGGUUAACACUCAACUGCAGUCUUUGCAGUCGAACAUUCCGAGACCCAAAAAUGCUCAACAACCAUAUGGAUUCCGUACAUAAAGGAUUGAGACCGUUUUUGUGCAGCACGUGUGGCUAUACGGCAGCGAGUCGCAGUUCGCUCCGUAUGCACGCGAGAGCCCACUCAGGCGAAAAGCCGUACAAAUGUGUAGAUUGCGACUAUGCCACAUCUGAUCACAACUCUUUACGAAGGCAUAGAAUGCGCCAUACGGGGGAUAAACAUUAUAAAUGUCCGCAUUGCCCGUAUGCCUGUAUACAAUCAACUACUUAUAAAGCACAUCUUUAUAAUAAACAUCCAGGUAAAGAUGAAGGUCUUAUGUUUUCGUGCAGCCUUUGCCCUUUUAAAACAGUUAAUAAAGAGAACUUCUUGACUCACACUUCCUACCACGCCGUAAGAGUCGACGUUGGCAAACAAGAGGCAAAAACGCCGACCAUAUCCGAAAUUGAGUUCAGCUUACAUGACUUCGUGAAAAAUUCCAGCCCCGACCAGCAGAGCGUGAAAAACGCGAAUCACAUCGAAGACGAGGAAACGCCGAGCGGGACGCACUUCCUCUCACCCAGGGUGAAGAUAGUCAAAUCUGAGGUGCUUCUCAACGACCGCAUGCUUUCCGAAUCAAGAGUCCCUGGUGAGGACUGAACCCAAACCUCUUAUUUUUUGUACAUAUUCGCUUUAUUUAUUAUUUGUACAUAAAGGACUGACAACAAACUGAUCGUCUAUAAAAAAAAUAUGUGUCUUCCA